AUGGCGUACCAUUUGCUUAAAGAUUAUGAAAUGGCUCAGAACAUAUUGGAAACAUUUCGUAAGACACAACUGCAAAAAAGUUCAUAUGACUACGAGCAUAGUGAAUUGCUCCUGUACCAGAACAUGGUUAUCCAAGAGUCAGGAGCACUGGAAGAAGCACUUAUCCAUCUAAAUAAAUACUCCGACCAGAUUUGUGAUAAACUUUCUGUUCUGGAAACCUGGGGUAAGCUAUACCUAGAACUGAAGCGCUACAGGGAAGCAGAGAGUAUAUACAAACAGCUGCUAAUGCGGAAUCCAGAAAACACAUCAUAUUAUAUGAAGUUGCAGGAAGCACAGCAGCUGAAGGAUCCUGAUGAUAUUCUGCGUAUGUUUGCUGGCUACCAAGAGCUUUUCCCUAGAGCACAGGCACCGAAGCGCUUACCACUGAAUUAUGCUUCAGGUUCAACAUUCCGUACCAUGGUAGACAAGUACCUAAGGCAAGGUCUGCAUAAAGGAGUACCCCCUCUUUUUGUAGACCUUAGGUCACUUUAUAAAGAUCCAGAAAAGGUUGAGACCAUCCAUAAACUCGUCCUUCAAUAUGUGGAUGCUUUAAAGGCUUAUGGCCGAUUCAGUGCACAAGAUGUUGCAGAAAAUCUUCCUAAGGAGCCUGCUUCAGCCCUAUUAUGGGCAUACUAUUACUUAGCCCAGCAUUAUGACUUUUUAGGGGACACAGAAAGGGCACUUUAUUACAUUGAUGCUGCCAUUGACCAUACACCUACUCUUAUAGAACUUUUUGUAACAAAAGGUCGGAUUUACAAGCAUGGUGGAGAUGUAAUAGAGGCAUACAAGUGGCUGGAUGAAGCACAAGGGUUGGAUACAGCAGAUCGAUAUAUAAACUCCAAAUGCGCCAAGUACAUGUUGAGAGCAAACCUAAUCAAAGAAGCAGAGGAAACAUGUUCAAAAUUCACAAGGCUGGUAGAUGCCAGGGACACUGGUUGUGAAGGGCCCGACAGUGCCAGCCCAGCCAGCAGUGGAAGAGUAAGUGGCGUUGAAGAAUCACAGGAAGGACCAGCAGCAUCUGUUGUGGUGUCAGAUGCCUGA